AAUGAGGCAUCUUAAACGAGGGAAGCUUGUGUAUUGGUGCUCAGAAGGAAAAUUAGCAUGUGUAUCUGUCUUCAUAGUCUGAAAACCGCCAAAAAAAAGAUGGAAUUCUGGAAAUGCUUAUAUGCACAUCAAACUAAGCAUGAUUACAAAACCAAAUCUGUAGCCAUACUUUGGUAAUACCAAAACCAAAUCAGUAGACCCAGAAGCACCUGCCUCAGGUACAAGUCUCUACAGCUAUAUUAAUAUCGAUCGUCUUACUUUUAUCUGAUCAGAUUUUUGCUAAUGCCAAUUUGCUGGAAGCAUUCCUACUUCUCAAAGUAUUCUCAGAAUACACGAAGAAACAUCGGCAGAGAGUACUGCAAAAUGAGCAUGCAAUUAGUGAGAUUUUCUUGUGAUAGUUUUCGUUUAGAGUACCAAAGCCGCUUGCACGCAGUCAUUAAGAGACACGCUCUUAAAAUUUCAACUGAACCUGCAUACAGCAUAAGAAUGGGACAGCCUAGGAACAAAAACCCACGAGAGCAUCCCUAUGGUAUUGACUAACAGAUAGGACUAUUCAGAAUUUAGGUCUUGACCUUGUUCAUCAAGUAUCAUCUUUUCUUGUGAGCAGCUAGCUCGAAGGAUGGUUCUAACUGAUCCGUGCCUCGGGGAUUAAAUAUUUUCGUACCUCAACAAUCCUCAGGUUCAGAAAGCACUCCACACCAAUACGACGAAGCUGCCAUCGGUUUGGAAAUUCUGCUCAGGGUCUUUCUGCCCACCUCUGCCGUAUUACCUUCCUGAUUCAGUCGGAACCACACAUUCUGUUUCUAAAUGUUGUUUCAUGUGGAAGGUGGCAGGCCUCUUUCUUAUCAUGACGUCGAUAUAGGCAUCAACAUCACACCUCUUUUAUCGGCCUUAAUCAAGAAGCAUCUGCGAGUCCUCCUCUUUAGUGGCGAUCAAGAUUCGAAAAUACCAUUGACGCAGACGAGGAUCAUCGCCAACAUGAUUGCUCGAGACUUGAAAUUCACAUCCUUGGGAAAAUACGCACCUUGGUACAACAAAAAGCAGGUUGGUGGAUGGACUGAGUCAUUUGGUAGGUCGAGAAAAGGAAAGAACGCGACUUAUUUGACAUUCGCCACGGUCAGAGGAGCGGCUCAGGAGGUCCCGAUAUCCAAAGCAUCAGAAGGAAGAACCAAUGUAUUCACAUAA